UACUGCCGCGCUCGAAAGGAGGUUUCCACCCCAAAUGACCAUGGUCAAGCGGCCCCUAUCUUCGCGGACGUUGGCUUGAAUACCCCGACGGCAUCGAUGCCGCGCCCUUUGCGACAACGGAGUUGGAGAGCUGCACCUUAGUGCUUCGCCCCCAAUUCUCGAUUUAACCGGCACCAAAGUUCAGGGAUCAACAAUUUUUUUUGGAGAUUCCGAGUCGAAACAGUCAAGAGCUUCAAUCGACUCAUUCCAUCAAACCCAUCUCCUUUUUGACUUGUUGAUCAAGCUUCAUCUCAUCCUCGCCUGUCUCACAUCUGAUCUUCUCUUGUUCAUCUGUCGCUCUAUUCUCCCACACCCAAUCAUGCUCUCCACACUCAGACCGGCCGCUCGAUCGGUCAUCCGACAACGCCCUACGGCGCAGGCAGUCCGCAUCGUCAACGCCUCGACAUGGGCCAACAUCAAAGAAGGACCACCUGAUGCAAUCCUGGGCAUCACCGAGGCCUUCAAGAAGGACUCCUUCGGCGAGAAGAUCAACCUAGGCGUCGGCGCGUACCGCGACGACAAAGGCAAACCAUAUGUCCUCCCAUCCGUCCGCGCGGCCGAAGAGAAAGUCGUCACCUCUAAACUCGACAAAGAAUACGCUGGCAUAACAGGUGUCCCAUCCUUCACCAAAGCCGCCGCGCUCCUCGCGUACGGCCCGGACUCCAAACCCCUCAAAGAAGACCGCAUCGCCAUCACACAGUCCAUCUCCGGCACGGGAGCGCUCAGAAUAGGCGGCGCCUUCCUGGAACGCUUUUACCCCGGCGCGAAAGCCAUCUACAUCCCGACCCCUUCGUGGGCGAACCACAAGGCGGUCUUCAGCGACUCCGGGCUCGAAGUCAAGCAGUACAAAUACUACAACAAAGACACCAUCGGUCUCGACUUCGAUGGCAUGAUCUCCGACCUCAAGGCCGCACCUACAGGCUCGAUCGUCCUUCUACAUGCCUGCGCGCACAACCCGACGGGCAUCGACCCCACGCCCGAGCAAUGGCAGCAGAUCAGCGAGGUGGUCAAGGAGAAGGAACACUACCCCUUCUUCGAUAUGGCGUACCAGGGCUUCGCGUCCGGCGACACCGACAAGGACGCAUACCCGAUCCGCCUGUUCGUCGAGCAAGGCCACGGUCUGGUAUUGUCGCAAUCCUUCGCCAAGAACAUGGGUCUGUACGGCGAGCGUGUCGGUGCAUUCAGCAUCGUCUGCGACUCAGCAGAAGAGAAGAAGCGGGUGGACUCCCAGAUCAAGAUCCUCGUCCGUCCUCUCUACUCCAACCCUCCUGUCCACGGUGCCCGUAUUGCUAGCGAGAUCUUGAACGAUUCAUCCCUCAAUAAGCAGUGGCUCGGCGAGGUCAAGGGCAUGGCUGAUCGUAUUAUCGAAAUGAGAGCACUGCUCAAGAAGAACCUUGAGGAACUUGGCUCCAAGCAUAACUGGGAUCACAUCACGAACCAGAUCGGCAUGUUUGCAUACACUGGCCUCAAGCCCGAACAGAUGGAUACCCUGGCCAAAGAACACUCCGUCUAUGCUACCAAGGACGGUCGUAUCUCCGUUGCCGGCAUCACCACUGGUAAUGUCAAGAGACUCGCCGAGUCCAUCUACAAGGUCACCGGCUAGAGCAUACCCUGGAUCCU